AUGGGACGUUUUUCAUCGAUGUUCAGUGGGUUAGCUCGAUCUUUCUCCAUCAAGAAAGUGAAGAACAACAAUGGGAAUAGCGACGCUAAGGAAGCUGCUGAUGAGAUGGCCAAAGAUGCCAAGAAGAAGGAGAUGAUUCUGAAAUCAUGUGGUUACGUUUAUGCCGAAGGUUCUAAUAACUCUGCCUCUGUUUUCUCUAAACGCGGAGAAAAAGGCGUUAACCAGGACUGUGCAAUCGUUUGGGAGGGAUUUGGGUGCCAAGAAGACAUGAUAUUCUGCGGAAUAUUCGAUGGACAUGGUCCAUGGGGUCACUAUGUAUCCAAACAUGUAAGGAACUCAAUGCCUUCGUCACUUCUUUGCAACUGGCAAAAGAGUCUUGCUCAAGCCACAUUACUAGACCCCGAGCUAGACCUAGAAGACUCUAAUAAAAAGCUCUCGAGAUUCGACAUAUGGAAACAUUCCUAUCUCAAGACAUGUGCAUCAGUUGAUCAAGAGCUUGAACAUCACCGCAAGAUAGAUUCUUACAACAGUGGCACAACCGCUCUAACUAUUGUCAGACAGGGUGAAGUUAUUUAUAUAUCAAAUGUAGGCGAUUCACGAGCGGUACUAGCCACGGUUUCGGAUGAAGGAAGCUUGAUAUGGGAUGUGAUCUCGAACCAAGAAGCUAUAGAGAUCGUUUCUUUGACCACUGAGCGGCCUAAGGCGGCUAAGAGGUUAGUUGAGCAAGCGGUUCGGGCUUGGAAGAAGAAGAAACGAGGAAUCGCCAUGGACGAUAUGUCUGUCGUCUGCCUCUUUCUUCAUCCAUCUUCUUCUUCAUCAUCUCUCUCACAACAUGUUCAUCAUGCCACGAGUUUUAAGUAA